AUGAGCACGGCGCAUUCGAUGGAGCACGUCCCGGACGACGCCCUCGGCGAGGUUCUCGUCCGCGUCCCACCUCACCCCGCCACCCUCGCGCGUGCCUCGCUCGCCUGCAAGGGCCUGCACCGCUUCAUCGGCGGUGCCGAGUUCCACCACACUUUCCAGGCGCACCACAAUAGCACGCCGCCACCCCUGCUGGGCUUCUUCCAUGACGACCAAAGCCUCCCCAACAACUUCCUCACCAUCGGGGACUCGCCGGACCGCGUCUCUGCCACGGCGUUAGACCCCAAGGAGGACCACGGCUGGCGCUUGGUGGACAGCCGCCACGGCCAGGUCCUCCUCCAAAGCCCCGACAGGGCACGCUUCCUCGUCUGGGACCCCGCGGCUGGACGCCGGCGGUACAUCGACGCGCCGCCGGCGAUGCAGCACGCGGACCACUUCAUGUUGAGGUUCAACAACGCCGCCGUGGUCUGCAGCUGCACCGCCCCGGGGCACGUGGACCACCACAGCGAUUGCCACGACUGCCCGUUCAGGGUCGUGUUCGUCGCGGCCCCUGACGCGGGAACCACGGUGGCCUACCUCUACUCCUCGGAGCUGGGGCUCUGGAACGAGGUGGCCUCCGCUGACUUGUCGAGCAGCUUGUGGCUACGCAUCAGCGACAGACCGGUCGCUCUGGUGCGGAACGUGCUGUACUGGACACUGGUCCAUGAAACCUCGUGGCUGCAGAGCAGCAUCCUCGCCUUCGACCUGCAGACGCACAGGUUGUACCUGAUCGAGCAGCCAGUUUACAUUUUCGAUGCCGAGCAAGAAAACGUGCAGGUGAUGGAGACGGAGGACGGCCUGCUAGGGCUGGUCGCCGCGUGCGGCUUUAGUCUCCAGCUCUGGGUGCUCCGUGAGUACAAUGGCCGUGGCACCGAGCGGUGGAGCAUGCCCAAUCAGAUUGACUUGUAUGACUUGGCUCUGGGUCCCAUGGACUCCACAGAUCAGUUCGACAUGGUCUGGAUCCUGAGUGUGCAAGGCUGCAGGGUCGUUUUCGUGCGCACUGAAGCUGGGAUCUUUGAGGUGGAUCUCUGGACUGAGGUGCCCAACAGGAGGAUCUGCGAUGCCUACGACAUUCAAGCUUUCUAUCCCUACAAAAGCUUUUACUAUCGAGGUACCUAG